UUCUUUCUUUUGCACAGAAAAGGAAAGUAAGCAGUUAAGAUUAGGGGCAAAAAAGGUCAACUCAAAAAUUUCCGAAAGUAGCAAAGCAAUUCGAUAAUUCGAUUCCAAAAAAUAUAAACGAAGUUUUUUUCUUCUAAUAAACAGUUGCUCUAUUCCGCACACAUCAAUUACGAAAAAAGUACAAAACUGAAUGCGGCGAUUACGAUGAACGUUAACGAAGAACAAUCCGAUCUUCCAGAACCUUCUCCACCGUCCGUUAACAAACACGCGCCGUCACAGCAACCGCCGAGAGACUCCACUGCGCCGCCGCUGUCUCUGCCGGAGAUGAAGCAGCCGCCGUCAGCAACUGUUACAAUUCCGUCUAUUGAUCCAAAUGCGCUCUUUAGUGGCGGCGGUAUUAGCUUUCUGACCGGGAAUAAAAAUGCUAAAUUCAGCUAUGGAUAUGCUACUUUUAAGGGAAAACGAGCCUCCAUGGAGGACUUCUAUGAGACAAGCAUAUCAGAAGUUGAUGGUCAAAUGGUGGCAUUUUUUGGUGUUUUUGAUGGUCAUGGUGGUUCAAGAACAGCAGAAUACCUAAAGAACAACCUCUUUAAGAAUUUGACUAGUCAUCCUGAUUUUAUCAAAGAUACGAAGUCAGCUAUAGUUGAAGCAUUUAAGCAGACUGACGCCGAUUACCUUAAUGAAGAAAAAGGCCAGCAAAGAGAUGCUGGUUCAACAGCAUCAACUGCUGUUCUUUUAGGUGAUAGAUUGCUUGUUGCAAAUGUGGGAGACUCUAGAGUCGUCGCUUGUAGAGAUGGAUCAGCUAUUCCUUUGUCCGUCGAUCACAAGCCUGACAGAUCUGAUGAGCGUGAAAGGAUUGAACAGGCGGGUGGUUUCAUCAUCUGGGCAGGUACAUGGCGUGUAGGCGGGGUCCUUGCUGUUUCUCGUGCAUUUGGAGAUAAAAUGCUAAAGCCAUAUGUUGUGGCAGACCCAGAGAUUCAGGAAGAAGAAAUUGAUGGUGUAGAUUUUUUAAUAAUUGCAAGUGAUGGACUUUGGAAUGUCCUGUCUAACAAGGAGGCCGUGACCAUUGUGCAGGACAUAAAAGAUGCGGAAGCAGCAUCACGUAAGCUUAUAGAAGAAGCUUAUUCAAGGGGGAGUUCUGACAACAUCACCUGUGUGGUUGUUCGAUUUGAGAGCGCAUGAAUGGACCUUUCAAGGUCUGCCUACCUUUCCUUUACUCACAAACAUAGAGAAAAAAGAAACACACACAGAAACUUUCUCCUCUGUUGUUUCGCGACAGUCUUACUCCUUUUCUCAAGCAUUAAGAAUGAUGUUUGUCAACGAUGCUACUCACUCUGCAGACAAAAAGAUCCCGAAGGGAGGAUGUAGGCCUUGUAACUAGCUUAUUUUCCAACUUUGCUAUUCUUCUGGUGAUGAUUAAGUUAUUCGGUGGCCAUGUCACUUGGAGUUGUGGUCAUGGGGAUUUUUACAGAUGGUCUCUGCUUGUAGACUUGUAAAGUUGCCUUAAAUUGUUGUGAUGACGAAGUGUAAAUCAUGCUGGCCUACAUUUAGUUUUUUCUUCUUUAUUUACAUAUAGCUCUUUUAUGAUAGGCACUCAGUGUUCCCCUUGGCCUACCCAGAAUUCUCAAUCCAAUAUUUGCUGACGUUGUAUUCUCCUUAUAUAUUUACAGUAGAAAACAGAAUCAGAUAUUGUCUUCUUUCCGUUUUC